AUGGCAAGGGGCCAAGACGUGCGCAGCCAGAGGACCGGAGAUGGAAAUUGUGUGGUAGCGUGGGAGUUAAACGCGGGUGAUUUGCAGACGGUGUGGUUUCCAGUCGCGCCCAGAUGGAGGGACAAGUUCGUUCGGCAGUCUUACGCCGUCGAAAAGAUAAUGCACGGAAGGCGCAAGGUCAAUGCCCACCGGGGCAGGGGGCUGUCACUAGCGGGACUGCGUCUCUCGAAUCGCGGAGCCGAUGGCGCAGCGCAAGGUGAGGUGCAACGCAGAGGUGACACAGGUGGUGCUAGUGGUGGGUGA